GAGGAGCAACGGGCUAUAACUAAGCAAAAAUACGCUCCCGCGUCGAAGUUUUUGUUUUAGCGUCGCGAGUUUCGUAGCACCUGCAAUCCAUUUCUUUUCGCUGUUGUUAAGAUAUAUAUUAAAAGAAGGAGAAAAAGACAUAGUACAGUUUAUUUCCAAUAAGAAUGUCUCUUCAGCUAUUAAGUUCCCCACUGAACUAUCGCAAACAACUGAAGUUUGAACCUUGGAACGUCAUAAAAAACUAGUAAUAUGGAUGGCCUAAAACAACAAAACAGUCGUUGAAAAUUAAUGCUAUAUAACUAUAGGCUAUAAAAUAGUUAAAUAAGUAGCUAAGAAGAAAUUUAAUUUCAUAUUUUUGAAAAUAAAAUUUGGUAUAUAUUUUUUAAUGAAGGUUCAUUGGUUGUUUUUACUGAUUGGUGUCUUACAAGGUGUUAACUCUAUAAAAGAAAACAACCUUAAAUGGGUUAGAGUAAACGUACCUCAGUACAGGGUUCCAGGCGAAACAGCGCUGUUGCAAUGCGAAUAUAAUUUAGGAAAUGAUAAAUUAUAUUCUGUAAAGUGGUACAAGGACCACGAAGAGUUUUAUCGAUUUGUGCCAAAAUUCAAACCUCAGACAUCUUCUUUUAAAGUGGAAGGAGUUCAUGUUGAUAUGUAUAAGUCUGACAGCAAAAAAGUUGUACUACAUUCAGUUAAUUGGAAGACCAGUGGGACUUACAAAUGUGAAGUAUCAGCUGAAGCGCCAUCUUUUGCCAGUGCACAAAGUGAAGCGAAAAUGGAAGUAAUCACUCUCCCGCAUGAGGAUCCCGUCAUAAAAGGAGUGAAAGAUCAAUAUAACAUAGGAGAUGAAAUAGUUCUUAACUGUACUUCUGGAAGAAGUAGACCUGCCUCCAUUCUGCACUGGUAUAUUAAUGAACAGCAGAUACAAAAACCAGAAGCACUUAUUGAAUAUCCAAUAGAGACGCAUCCUAAAGGUCUAGUUACGUCAACACUAGGCUUAAAAUUCCAUCUAAGUAAUCGGCAUUUUUUGGGAGGUUCUAUGAGAGUGAAAUGCGUAGCUUCAAUUCUCCCUACUCUAUUUGGAGAUGAGAGAGAAUCAGAUGUUCAGAGCUUACCCAUUAUGAGAGAUAUGAGAGAGGCCUUGUUAUUAGUACGGAGUUCAUCUUCCCAUCAUACGGAUCCCAUGGUGUAUAUAUUACUGUUAGGUAUAUUUCUUUCUUUUGUUUUUCCCAACAUAUAUAGAGUAAAUUCUUAAAAAAAAAGAAAAAGUAAAAAUUAUUAAAUUAUUAUUUUCCAUUUGUUAGACAAUCUAGAAAAAAAUUUGAUCAUGUAUAAUAAAAAAAGUAAAAGUAAAAAUUUCAAUACUUGUGAUAAUUUAAUAAGAAAAGUGAGUACAGUAAAAACUUAUUAUAUAUAUUUGAUCAACAAAAAAUAUAUUGUUGCUAAAU